GCGGCUCACGUAUAGGUGACCGCGCCCUCUGCGCGCCUCGCAGCCGCACGGCGGGCGGGGAGCAGCGCUUGCGGCGGCGGCGGAGGAGCGGCUGCCACGGCUGAUGUGAUCCUAUGAAUUCCAAAAUGAAGCAGAACGCAGGAAAAUCAUCCGGGUCGUUGCAGAAGUACCUCACAGGCACCACAAGCAGUGCUGCCCCAAGACAGACUCUUAAAAUGAUUCAGCCAUCAGCAACAGGUUGCCUGGUUGGCAGACGUAAUGAGAAGAAAUCUUCAAUCAAAAGGAACCUCUUUAAUAAGUUCACCUCAAAGCCUUGUAAAGCUGAGGGAUCUGUGGACAAGCAGCAAGAAAAUGAGAAUACGAAUGAUGCCGUUCAAGCUGUAGAUCUCAUGAUAAAAGGAAGUCCUUCAUCUCAGUAUUGGAAAGAAGUGGCUGAAGAAAGGAGAAAGGCUUUGUAUGAAGUACUUCAAGAAAACGAAAAGUUGCACAAAGAAAUCGAGCAGAAAGAUGGUGAAAUUGCCCGCCUAAAAGAAGAAAAUGAAGAGCUGAUGUCUAUUGCUGAACAUGUGCACUAUAUGACCAGCAUGAUUGAGAGGCUAACCAGGCAAGCGCCUGAGAAUCUUGAGACACUGGAGAGUUUAGCUGUAGAGGAAUCCAAAGAAGGAAAUGAAGUGCUCAGCUGUGGAGAUGAUGCAGACAGCACUUCUGAAGAAAGACCAUCACAAGUAUCGUGUGGCUUAAGGGAGAGUAUAUCAGAUCUUGCUUCAAAGGAGGCAAAUCUGCAGUUGGAAUGACAGCCUGUAAGUAGGCUUCUGUAUGUGGCUUUUAAUUGCAGGCAUCCUCUUUAAAGGAUAUACUUCUCAGGUACAGGAACUCUUGGCAAAGCAUUACGGAUGUUGGGUUUUAACUGGAAUGAUGUAGCAGUGAAAAUGUCUGGAUACUGCAUGGAAAACUUACUACAGGCUGCACAUAGUUGCUUGUGUAAAAUGCAAAUACUGUGAAUUUCAGCAUGUUGUGUAUGUAUUUUUAUUGGUUGCUCUCAUGUGAUUCAUGAAAAUUGAUAAAUAAACCCCUGCCUUCUCAAAGCAACCUCUGAACUGAGUGAGGAGUAGCUGGUUCUAGGCUUUUAAGUCAAUUGUGACUACUGUGGAUGGGAGUUUUCCAUUUUUUCUAGGGAGUGCCUGAGUAUUUAACUCCUUAGAUGUGCAGAGUUCUGGAGAACAGGAUGAGUUUCAUGGAUGGGGAAAGUAAGAGUUAAAAAUGGAACUGUGCUGUUGGCGAGGCUUCAGUGGGUCAGAAAUGAUGGACAGUAAGAGUUAAAAUCUAAAGCUGAGUUAGAUUUAUGCUUUUUUGCCCUUGUCUUAAAGGAGCUUUUUCCAAGACACUUGAGAACUUAAGUACAAAGUAUUUUACUCUGAGAAGUAUAUUUACUGGCCUGCAGAGAAGGGAUAAGUUGUUCCUAAUAGCAGAUGAACUGAAAAUUGGAGACAAAGCAACCUGCACUUCAGAGCUGUUCUGAAAGGAAACUUGAUUUCUGUUUUCAGAGUACUCUUUAGUGUUUACCAAGAGAUGAGGCACCUUAUUACCAAAACAAUGAUAUUCUGAGGGGUGGACAAGAUUAAAAGUGCUCUUAAACUUUCAGCACCUUAGCAGGCUUACAUAAUAGGAGAGGUACGGUGGGAAAUGCUUGCUGUUGAAAGCAGCAAGGUAGAAGGUGGGUAGAGUUUGAGCACAGGUUUUCCAGUCCUGGAUGAGCUCAGCAGUUGUUCUGUAAGCAACAAGAUCUUCCAAAGGCAGGCUUUAAAAACCAGUAGCCAUUACAGUAUCUUGUGAAGAGGUUAAAGCUGCAUGGCUUUCAGGAGGCAGAGCCAGUCAGGGAUUUCUAGUUGAUGGUUCUAUCACAUGUUGCCAAAAUGAGUGCUCCAGGGUAUGUCUUCACACCUGCAGAGCUAUCAGAUUGGCAUCUUCAGACUCCUUCCAUAUUUUCCAUUCUUCCUGCAAGUGUCAGCAAGUUGGUUUCACAACUGAUUCUGGCUGCUCUUCUGUGACAGAGCCAUUGUAAGAAGUCAUUCCUUCUGACUUCUACUCACCUUGAAUCUGGUAACUGCAGGUUGAGACAUUGCAUUUUCCUUGGUACUUUAUAAACAAAAGAUGACACCUUCCCAUUAUGCUCUAGAGGGUGGGUAGACCUAAUCCUUUCCAUCACAGUGCAGAAUGGUGACAAAGGUGUGUCCUUGAACUUGGCACUGAUGCUGCUUAAGGACAAAUACCAACAGCUGGGUGCUGAGUAACUGCUUUGUAGAGUAGCCUUGGUUUUCUGUUUGAAAGAAAUAGAAAAUACUGUCAAGUGGCUAAAACCUAUCUCACAUUCUAAGCAAUUCUCAUACCAAAGUAGUUCUUCAACAGUAGUAGGAAAUGCAUAGAAUCAGACUUUUAAUAAUCAUGCAGUACAAUUUAGUUUAAGCUCUUCAUGGUUAACAGUCAUGAGUUUUUGAGAGGUGACUUUAAACAUCAGGAAUGUUUUGCUUUUGCAGAGGCUGUAGAAGUGAAGGAAGCACACUCAUGUAACUAGCUGGCUAGGCAGACCAGCCCAACUGAGACAGCAAGUGCAACUUCACUGUUUUCUCUUGCUGUGUGUGGACUGCUGUUAAGUCUUGGAGUUAGAACAAGCAACUGUCAGUAGCAAGUCCAGAACUGGCAUGCAUUUGUCUGCAUCAGGCUCUUCCUUAUUUUCACCAAGAAUGCUUACUAGAUUUAAGGUUUAGGCUUUUUCUUGAAUUAUUCAAAUAACAAAGACAAGAUUCUCUCGUAGGUGACUGCAUCCUUCUGCUGAAUUGUGUUGUCUACAAAAUAAAUCAUGCAGGUUACUUAUGUGGGCUGGGGAAAAUGUAACAGCAGCUGGCCCACCUCUAAUAGAACAUUUUACAUCAGAAAGCUAUGCCACUUAGUUGUGUGUACACCUGGCACCUAAAGUCUUCAAAUCAAGGCUACUAUGGUGAUGUUAACCUCAAUUCAUGGACAGAGAGAAUAGUUUGGUGUAUUAACUUGGAAAAGCAACAUGCUGCAGGAGAAGGUGGUAUGAGACCUGGUUGUGGCAUCUGAGCCAUAUCCAAUAUCUAUCUCUGUUCAUGGCUGUACUGGACCUUGAUCAGUCUCCCUACACUGUUAUACUAAUGUAUGAAAGUGUUGUUGAAAGUUUUAUGUUGCCUUUAAAAGUGUUCUUAAAGGGUCAAGUUUCAUUUAUUGUCCUGAAAAACCCUGAAUUCUUUUUUUUUUUAAGCUUUCUUAAACUUGAAAUUGUUAUAGUAAGUCUGGGAGGUUUCCCUGCAUGUGAGAGAGGUUUCUCAAAUGUGUAGAAAUGGUACAGGUCUGUGUAACCACUUCUCUUACAACUAUCUGACCUUUUAUCAAGAAACCCCUGUGUACCACUGAAACAGCUAUGUACCUGCUGAAAGUCAACAUCCUAAGAGAUUAUACAGCCACACUGCAGAGAAUAUUUGGUCUAGCAGAAUAAAAUUACCAGUUCUUAAACCUAA